UGGUAGAGGGUAAAAUCGUCAAAACGCCCUUUCCCCGACAAUGGUGGAAUUUAGAAUCCAACAUUAAUAUUCAAUAGCUUGUCCAGCUCCAAAACGAAGGUGGCUCUAACGUGUUUUCCAACCGGGAUUUAAUUGGGUUUCAAAUUCUUGGAAGAAUUCUAGGGUUUGGGGGGUCACAAUGAAGGCCAUGGAGACCCUUCAAGAUCUGAUCGAAGAAGUAAAAGUUCGAGCGGUUUGGUGGGGUUUGUGUAUAUUUGCUGUCUGUUACUUUUUAACACACACCAGUACAUCAAUGUGGAUGAAUCUACCUAUAGCUUUACUCUUGGUUUCUGGAUCACGCAUAUUGUUUAAUGAAGUGGAGUUCCGCUGGAAAGUUCGGAAUGUCCGACCACCGACAUACUUGGCGCACUUAGAAAAGAAGCAGCUAUCUGUGAAUGAUAGCCGACUUUCUACCUCACCACCCACACUGAAAUGGAAGAGGAAAAUUGGUUCUCCACUCGUAGAGGCAGCAGCAGAGGAGUUUAUUGACAAGGUUUUGCAUGAUUUUGUGAUAGAUUUGUGGUACUCCGAUAUUACUCCUGACAAAGAGGCACCAGAGCUGAUACAUGAAAUAAUCAUGGAUGUCCUUGGUGAAAUAUCUGGAAGAGUGAAAGGAAUUAACCUUGUUGAGCUGUUGACAAGGGAUGUGGUGGACCUGGUAGGAGAUCACCUAGACCUUUUCCGCAGGAACCAGACAGCUAUUGGCGUGGACGUCAUGGGUACAUUGUCUUCGGAAGAAAGGGAUGAAAGGUUGAAGCACCAUCUCUUGGUCUCUAAAGAACUCCACCCUGCUUUGAUAUCAGCUGAGAGUGAGUACAAGGUACUUCAACGGCUCAUGGGUGGAAUCUUAGCUGUUGUGCUAAGACCCAGAGAAGCGCAAAGCCCCUUAGUUCGAUGUAUAUCCAGAGAACUAUUAACUUCUUUAGUGAUACAACCUCUUCUGAAUUUUGCAAGCCCUGCGUAUAUUAAUGAAUUGAUUGAAUACAUUUUCCUUGCAUAUAAUGAUGAGGGGUGUAAGGAGUCUGGCGAUGGUAAAUCGACUAAAGUAGAAAGUCAUAAUCGCAAUCAGGUUGCUCCCUCAGACACUGUAAAAUGUUCAGAAUCUGAUCAUAAACAGAAAACACCUACCAAGAGUCAAGGGACUGAUGUCCCACUUUGCCAAUAUGACCAUCGAAGAGAAUUAUCAUCAGCUAGUGCAGGAAGUUCAAUUUCUGGUUCGAUUCAAGACGAGGCUAGCCAUCCACGGCCCGCUGACUGGGCUCGUGUCCUUGAAGCAGCUUCCCAGAGAAGAACAGAAGUUCUGAUGCCUGAAAAUCUUGAGAACAUGUGGACUAUCGGCAGAAAUUAUAAGAAAAAACUCCAAAAGAAUUCUUCCACGGGAGGAGUUCAGGUUCCUGGAGUAAAGGUUACAGUAAGCAGUGGAAAAGAUGUGGGGAAAGAGUUACCAACUCAGAAAUCUGAAGUAGCCAUGAUAAUGGAAGAUGAACCACAUGAUCCAAAUCAGCCACAUGAUCAGAGAAGUCAUCCUUUGCAUUUGUCUCAAGAGCUGAUAAAGGAUGCUCCGUCCAAGGGAGGAGUUCUCUAUGAUGUUGACAAUGCUUCUGCCAUUGUUGCAUAUGAGACUAAGAGACUUAAGAAAUCAAAUAGUACAUCUGAUUUAAUUAUCCAACAAAAUACUGGAGAUUUGUUUAUGAGCAAAGGUGGUGGAUCCAUUAUAUCAGAAUUCUAUAGUACAGAAUUUAAGAAUGCAGUACCUAGCACUAUGAGUGCUUCAGACAUGGUGAUUCGUGGUGAGGGACAUCAUCUACCAAAGCUGAAGUGCAGGGUUUUGGGUGCAUAUUUUGAGAAGCUGGGCUCAAAAUCUUUUGCUGUAUAUUCAAUCGCAGUUACUGAUGCCAAUAACAGUACUUGGUUUGUAAAGAGAAGAUACAGGAACUUCGAGAGAUUGCAUAGAAUCCUGAAGGAUAUUCCUAAUUACACAUUGCAUUUGCCUCCUAAGAGGAUAUUUUCAUCUAGUACAGAAGAUGCAUUCGUUCAUCAGCGUUGCAUUCAGCUUGACAAAUAUCUGCAAGAUCUCUUGUCAAUUGCCAAUGUGGCUGAGCAACAUGAAGUGUGGGAUUUUCUCAGUGCCUCUUCCAAGAACUAUUCCUUUGGAAAAUCUUCUUCAGUGAUGAGAACGCUGGCAGGUACUUCACUUCUUCCAACCAACAUGUUUGUGUUCUUUAUUUAUGUGAUGAGUCUGAAUAACUUGUACCAAGUUUCUUCACGUAGUAUGCAGUGUGGGUAUCUGAUUCGAACUUCAGAUAAUGCUUAA